AGCGAUUCAAUUUCCCUCGCCCUCGUCUAGUGCAGCCCUCGGGCAAAGCUUCUCGUCGCCGCCCCGACCUAUCGUCCUUGAGCUCUCCCCAUCUCGCCCAGCAUCCCACCGCCGCCGUCGGCACAUCGCGUCCUAAAAUAAAUUAAAUUUUUUUGAAUUAAUUUCUUCCUUUUCCUUCGUCGUCUUCGCCCCUGCCGAAGGUACUGCCUCCUACAAUAACCGAAGGAAAUCAAAGAACGCAGCAAAAGAUCCGGUGGAAGUGAACGACCGAGUUUCGUCCAGUUUUUGUUUCGCACAAGUGAAAUUGAAGUCGCUGUUUCAGACUUAAAAAUAUUGUAAUGGAGAGGAAGGGUACAGUUACUCCCAUAUCCUCCGUGUUCCCGGCCGAUGAAGCACAGAAAGCUUCAAAACGAGUGCAGGACACAAUUGAAGAGCGCCAGCAACAACUCGAGCAAGUCAAGGGUUUUAUUCGUGAUAAUGUUAGCCUCAUAAACCUCGUCCAGAAAUUACCCGAGGAAACCCACCACAAUAUUAUGGUUCCUUUCGGGAAAGCUGCAUUUUUUCCUGGCCGGUUGAUUCACACCAAUGAGUUCAUGGUUCUUCUGGGAGAAGGUUAUUAUGCUGAAAGAACAUCAAAACAAACAAUUGAUAUUUUGAAAAGAAGAGGGAAGACUUUGGAGAAUCAGGUGGAAUCCCUUAAAGCCGUCAUGCAAGAUUUGAAGGCCGAGGCUUCAUUCUUUCACAAUACAGCUCAUGAGUCCAUUGAGGGUCUCGUAGAAAUAAGGGAAGAUUACGUUGAAGAAGAUAACUCUAGAUUAUCACCUUCAUCAGGUCAUAAAACAUAUGAUUCAGUUCUUCCUUUCAAGAUGGAUGAGACAAAAGCUACAGUUGAAGAUGAAGAAUAUAAUCGGAUAUUUUCACGGAUGGCUGAACUUGAAAAGGAAGAAGAAGAAGCUGAAAAGGCUGAGAAAUCUGAUGAGGACGAGCAGAUAACUAUUAAGCCACAAAAUAGCAUCCAUAAAGUUUCUACAAACCAAAUUGGUCGAUCUUCACCGGUUAAAGCUUCUGAGGUGCCGAUGGUAUCUAAAGAUGUCUCUUCAUCACAUGGGAUUCAUCAAAUACCCGGCGCAAGUAUGCAAACCAAGGCUUCGGAGCUACCUGCAGAAAAGGAGAAGAAAGCUCAAGUUCAAACCCCUCUUGCAACAAGCAACACUGCUUUUACCGGAGUAAUUGUGGAACGAAUGGAUAAUAAUAUUAACAUGGAAAUUCCAAAGAAGCAAACUAAUGCCAAUGUCCGCACCUCCUCAAGACCUCCAUCAAGAUUUAAGGCGCAAAGGGAGAGGGAGAGGGAGAGGGAGAAGCAGUAAAAGAAGUGAUCCCAGAUUUGUUUGAUCAAGUCAAGUGUAUAGUCGGCUUCAUUGUCACUGUGUUUGAUCCCUUUGCAACUAGAAGCAAUCACCUGCAACGGCUAGAAAGUAUGCAAGGCCGGGUCUGGGCUCGGACGACCAGCUCAAUAUGAACAAGGGGUUUAUUAUAUAUUUAUCUUAUAUAUGUAAGAUUAUUUGACAGAAAAUAUUAUGAAAUGAUUUGGUGGUGUUGGAUAAAUUGUGCCUGAUAAUUCUCUUUUUCAGGAAAAAAAAAGCAUGCAAGUAGAAAAAGUAAAAUGUAAAAUGAAAAAAUGAAUAAAAAUGUUGUAUAUGAAUUUGGAUUAAGAUGGAAGAUAUGUAUAUUUGUGUAAUAUAUUGUAAAUUAGAAGGGUAUUUGUAAUGUUAGGCGUAUAAUUACUAAAAAAAAAAAAAAGUAGAUUUUUU